AUGCCUAAAAUAUCUCUCAAGAUUCACUUUCCCAAUAGCCAUGAUGGCUACAAGAUGAUGCAGUUUGAUGAUGCCAUUACGGUGAAGAAGGCAAUUGAGGAGAUUCACAGCAAGCACAAUGAACGAAAGGCUAAUCUGGACACCAUUAAGGUGUCCGACUAUGGGCUGUUUUCGUUCAAGGACGAGAAAGGAGCCAAAGUAGGACAGUGGCUCGAUCCAGAACGAGAGCUGCAGUACUACCUUCUCCGAGACGGGGAUGAUGUUGAGUUUAAGAACAAAAUGCGACCACUGAGGAUCCGACUGCUGGACAACAGCGUGAAGACGGUGAAGGUCGACCAGAGUUUGCCAGUGGAGAAGCUGAUGCCCGUCAUUUGCGAGCGUAUCGGUGUCACCAACUCAGAGGAGUACUCUCUGGUGCGCGAGUUUGACGAAAUGGACGGCACGGCGACGCUGAACGGCGGCACUGGCACGCUGCGGAACACCUCGACGCUGCGCCGAAACAAGGAGAAGACACUGGACCCGAAGAUGGAGAAGAUCAAGCGGAAGCUGAAGACCGACGACGAUCUCGACUGGGUCGACCACUCAAAGACGCUCGACGAGCAGGAGGUCUCCUCGGAGGAGACGCUCGUCUUUCGGCGAAAGUUUUUCUACUCUGACCAGAACAUCGACUCGCGCGAUCCGAUGCAGCUGCAUCUGCUGUACGUGCAGACGCGCGAUGCGAUCAUCAACGGAACGCACCCCGUGACACUUGACCAAGCCUGCAAGUUUGCCGGCAUCCAGUGUCAGGUGGAGUACGGCGAUCACGUCGAAACGAAGCAGAAGGCGCUCCUGCUGAAGGACUUUCUCCCCAAAGACUACGCUCGACAGAAGAACGUCGAGAAGAAGAUUUUUGUGGAGCAUAUGAGGCACGUCGGCGCGUCAAAUGUGGACGCCAAGGUGAAGUACGUCACCCUGGCGCGUUCCCUGAAAACCUACGGCGUCACCUUUUUCCUCGUGAAGGAGAAGAUGCAGGGAAAGAACAAACUGGUGCCCCGUUUGUUGGGCGUCACCAAAGACAGCGUCCUCCGACUGGACGAGAAGACGAAGGAGAACCUGAAGACCUGGUCGCUGACCACCGUCAAGCGGUGGGCGCCGACGCCGAACAGCUUCACGCUCGACUUUGGCGACUACUCCGACAGUUACUACUCGGUGCAGACCACCGAGGGCGAGCAAAUCUCGAAGCUCAUCGCCGGCUACAUCGACAUCAUCCUCAAGCGGAAGAAGGCCAAGGACCACUUUGGCAUUGAUGGCGACGAGGGCUCGGCGAUGAUGGAGGACAGCGUGUCGCCCUCCAAGGCGACCAUCAUGCAGCACCAGCCCGACUCGAAGCCCUCCAAGCCGAUCAUCGAGGAUGUGGCCCUGCCGGGCGUCAUUCGCACCGGCGGCACUGGCGUUCAGAUUCUCAACGUCAAUCAGGUGCCGCCGCCGGAGAAGCAGAUGCCCGUGGUGCAGUCACAGGCGCCCCUGACGCAGUCGCCGGUCAUGGCCGCCCAGCACCCCAAGUACCUGCAGACGGGCAUGUCGGAGCCACAGCGCGCCCUCUGCACCACCAUCGGAACUGGGCAGGACGCGGUCCAGAAUGCACUGCGCGAGCUGGACACCCGAGCGCCCAGUCAGGAGUACGGCCCAGACAUGGGCUACCGCCAGAACCAGCUGGACGUGAAGAAGGAGACGGUCGCCUCGCAGGUGGCCGCGCUUAACGCCGCCACGGCGCAGGUGCUCACGCUCACCUCGGUGCCCGAGGACGAGGUGGACCACCCGGCGCUGGGGGCGGCCAUCAACACCAUCACCACCAAUCUGCCGGAGAUGUCGCGCGAUGUGAAGGUGAUCGCCUCUCUGAUGGACGAUGCCGACCGCGGUGAGCGCCUGGUGGACGCCGCCCGCAGCCUCUGCAACGCCUUCUCCGACCUGCUGAAGGCGGCAGAGCCGACGGGCAGUAUGCCACGGCAGAACAUCAUCAACGCGGCGAACAAGGUCAGCGACGCCACCUCGACGCUGCUGUACACCCUCGAGGAGGAUGAGGACGUCGACCGAGAGGCCUCCGACACGCUGCUCAGCCUCUCCAAGCCGGUGGCCAAUGCGACGGCGACGCUGGUGCGCAAGGCAAAGGCAGUUGCCUCCAAAUGCGACGACCAGUCGGCGAAGAACCGGGUGAUCAGCGCCGCCACCCAGUGCGCCCUCGCCACCUCACAGCUGGUGUCCUGUGCCAAGGUGGUCGCCCCCACCAUUCACAGUCCCAACUGUCAGAAGCAGAUUGUCGACGCGGCAAAGGAGGUCAGCCGAGCCGUGGACGGCAUCGUCCACGUCUGCCAGGACUCCGUCCAUGACCACCACCUGAACGGAGAGGUCAAUGAAGCGGCCAGCGACGUGAACCAGGCGCUGAACAACCUGCUGACGCAUGUGCGCUCUCUGGGCGCCGGUCGCCACCACGGCCACAACCGGCGAGGACCGCACGAGGAGUCCGCCCCCGUGGACACCAUCCUCGACGCCACAGACCGCCUCUUCAGCAGCGCCGGCGACGCCUCGGAGAUGGUGAAACAGGCGAAGAUUCUCGCUCAGGCCACCUCACAGCUGAUUCAGAACAUCAAGGGCGAGGCGGAGAGCCAGCCCGAUUCGGGCAUACAGAAGCGCCUUCUGGCGGCCGCCAAGACGCUCGCCGACGCCACCUCUCGUCUGGUGGAGGCGGCCAAGGGCUGCGCAAGCAAUCCGCACGACUCAACCUCGCAGGCGGCGCUGAAGGCCGCCGCCGGAGAGCUGCUCACGGCGACCAACACCGCCGCCAGCAACGCCCUCAAGCGGAAGGUGAUGAACCGAUUGGAGGCGAGUGCAAAGCACGCCGCCGCCAUGGCCACGCAGAACAUUGCCGCAGUGCACGGCGCCGCCCCGUACCACAACAACGCCCACCUGCAGGGAGAGAUGAACCAGGUGUGCGGUGAGGUGGGAGCGGCCAUUCAGACGGUGGUCAGCGGCGUGAAGGCCAGCCAGAGCGAGCCGAACAACCCCAGCAAGCAGUCGCAGCUGAUUCACGCAUGCGAGAACUUUAUCCACCCGGCGGUUCGGCUGGCCAGCGUCUCUCGCUCGGCGGUGCCUACCAUCGCCGACAAGUCCUCCUCCAUUCAGCUGACGCAGGCGACGCAGCAGCUGGCAGAGGCGUUGGCAGACUUGCGAGCCGCCCUCGCCAAAGCCUCCGAGGCGUGCAGCUUUGGCAUCGAACUGGAGGCGGCCAUCGAGACGAUCCGCCAGAUGAACAGCGAACUGUCCGACUGCCGAAUGGCCGCACUGCGCCACCAGCUGAAGCCGCUGCCCGAGGACAACCUCGACUACUGCUCCUCGCGACUGACGGCCGCCUCGAAGUCGGUCGCCUCCGCGAUGGCCAACCUGCUCAGCGCCACCUCACAGNACGCAGCAGCUGGCAGAGGCGUUGGCAGACUUGCGAGCCGCCCUCGCCAAGGCCUCCGAGGCGUGCAGCUUCGGCAUUGA